CCGCACGCGAAGCGCAGAGCCUGUCUAGGACACGGUCACCUGAACCUUAGCGUCCUUCAUCCUCCCGCGCUUCCUUCCCACCCAGGAAUUCGCCGGACGUUCUCCUUGUACGUCCGCCUUGGCGUUCGAUGAAAAGAAUGUCCGUGUCCGUGCACAAUGGCUGGCCGAGGUGCCCGAACGAGGGUCUCGCAACUGAAUCCUCGAACCUUGAACCCUGUCCGCCUUCCAUCCCAUACCACGUCCCAAUCUCCAGAAUCCCAAACCGCCCGGCCCUCCAUUGCGCAAUCAUCGUACAUUCGAGCCUCCCAGUCCCAUACUCGACCGCAUCGCGCCCGUCGAGGAGCCCUCGCCCCGGUCGUCCGCGUCAAACCGCCUUCCACCUUCAAAACCUCCACCACCUCCAAACAACCCUCCGCCACUUCUCCUGCCUCCAUACGCGCUGCUUCUUGACGGAGCGCCGAAUAGCCCAGCAGGUCUCGGCACCUGCACACGCUCCCGCUCCCAGUCCCACUCUCUCGCCCGCUGCUCCUGACCCCUUCGGUUCCACAGCUGCGACGCCAGACCGCCAACGGCGGCGCCCGUGAGGAAGGAGCCCCAGCCUGGGGCACCGGCUGCUUGUUGUGGGAUGCCUGAGGAGGUAGAUGGGUACUUGGAAUACGGCGGUGGCGUGUCGAAGCGGUUUGGGUCGGGGGUGUCGUCGAAGUGGGGGAA